AUGGAACAAAUUUGCCGAUUUUUGAGGGCUGCGGUUGGUCCUUUAGGGUUAACCCCAGAUGGUUGUGGGAACUUGAACUUUGCUAGAAGAGUUGAGUGUAAUAAAUGUGGUGCACCUUCGCCUGGGGGUAAUGAUGAUCGUGGUAGCAGAGGUGGUAGCGGUUAUGGUAGAGGUGGAAGUGGUGGGGGAUAUGGAAAUAAUCGAGGGGGAAGGGGUGAUAAUUAUGAUAGAGGGAGUGGAGGAAGCAAUAGGAAUGACUCGUAUGCUGGUAAUCAGGGAAGAGCUGAUGGUGGUUAUGGUCAGGGUCCUCCAGCUGCUCGUCCAUCUUAUGGAGGCCCUGAUAGCAGCUAUCCACCACCGUCCAAUACUUACGGUGGCAACUCAGACGAUGCCCCUGAUGCAGUUCCUCCGCCAGCAAGUUACAGUGGUGCGCCUCCAUCAUAUCCCCCUUCACAUGCUAGUGCUGUUGGCUAUGGUCGGAAUAUACAAUCUGAUGCACGUGGUGAUGGUCGGGGUGGCCCACAAGGAGGAUAUGAUGGGGGAUAUGGUGGUGGUCCUCGAAAAGAAGUAGGUAGUCAUGGCAGUGCUGAGGCUCCAGCGAAGGUCAAGCAGUGUGAUGAGCAUUGUGGAGAUUCUUGUGACAACUCAAGAAUAUACAUCUCAAAUUUGCCCCCUGAUGUCACCAUUGAAGAACUCCAAGAGCUUUUUGGAAGCAUUGGACAAGUGGCAAGAAUCAAGCAAAAACGAGGUUACAAAGACCAGUGGCCUUGGAGCAUAAAGAUAUAUACAGAUGAAAAAGGAAAUAACAAAGGAGAUGCAGUAUUGUCAUAUGAAGAUCCUUCUGCAGCGCACUCAGCUGGAGGCUUUUUUAAUAAUUAUGACUUCAGAGGUUAUAAGAUCAGUGUUGCAAUGGCUGAGAAGUCUGCACCAAAGGAUCCUUCAGCAUAUGGUUCUGGGGGCCGUGGUCGAGGCGGAUAUGGUGGUGACCGGUGCAGAGAUAACUAUGGUUCUGGUCCAGACCGAAAUUUUCAUGGUGGAAACCGUUCACGUCCUUACUGAAAUUCAACCAGACAAUCUAUGUACUAAAAAUAUGUGGUGGGAGGGUUUUUUAAAUAGUUCCAUUCCAAGAUAUACUCCCUUAGCUGGAGACAAAGAGGUAGGUUGUUCACUCACUCUGAGCAAUACCCUUUUCCUCCUUGCUGUCUGCUACUUUAAGGGGUUUCCCUAGUUUGAAACCUUGAUUAAUGUGAGCUAUUAUGUGAAUGUUUUUAUAGAGGCGAGUGGAUGUUCUGCAAAAUGCUGCUAAGGUAGGUUGAAAUGUUCAGGUGAGUGUUGCUUCUUUGAAAAAUCUAAAAUGCUCCAUUAAUUCAGCUGAUUGAUAAUGUUUUUGCAUGUGUGUGCUUGCACAUGCUGGCAUCUUCACAUGGUGCCGAAUGUGAUGUUUUAGGUGCAUCUAGCACAUAAAUUUUUUCGAGCUAUAAUUAUCAUUUCUAUGGUUAUAGCUAAUGUCCAGGUCAGAAAUGACCAUCUAGUUUAGAAUCAGCCUAUUUUAGCCAGUACAAAGAAUCUUCUUAUAUCUUUUGAGAUUGCUGAGCUGGGUCCUCAAUACCAUGGCAUUCUUGGUAGAGAAAAGAAUCAGAUUGUGGUUAGUCUUGCAUUUUUUACAAGUUCAGAAUGGAGUGAAGGAGUUUGAGAUUCAGGAUUGUCUCUUCCUCUCUAUCCACUUCUCUUUUAUGGUUUUACAUUUCAUAAAAUUGUGGUGAUGGUAGACUGUUGUUUGUUGACCGAGCUUCCCGUAGUCACAAUGGUAUUGACUUGGAAACUUAUGGUGGGAACGGAGAAGUAGACUGUUAUAGCUUGUGUAUUUGAUAAGGACGACUUAGCUGGAUGAGAUGUCCAGGAGCUAAUUUGAUGUUCCUAAGGGUGCACCGACAUAACAAUUUGAAUGAUUUUAUCGACCCGAGUAGCCUUUGAAGAAGCAUGGACCGUGGAGGUGCUAAGUCCCCUCAUGUUGAGCUUUGAUACUGAAUAACCCGGCUAUAGGAGUCUAUCCGGAGUGGGCGGUAUUACUAGCGUCUUAGUGGUCGAUCUGUUUAUAAUGGUGUACUUGGUUUGGUUCUUUGCUUCAAGAAUAAAAUGGGUCCAAUUAUCACGGAAGUAGAGAUUGGUCGACGAAGUAGAAGGAGGAGGGUGUGUUUUCCUUUCCCUAGGAAAACCAAGCCCACAGCUGCAGUGAUGGGAUAUUCUUUUGAAAAGAUGCUCGAAAUGCCCGACAGUUGAGCCAACGUUCUGCUAUUGAGAUUUUUCUUGUAGUACGUGUAGUAAUGGUGAUUUUGGCAAGCUUGUACUAAAUACUAAUAAUGGCUACCCUCUUGUAAAAAUUGCACUUUGGGCGCCCCUUUUUAACCUGUAGCCGCUUUGUCUUUUUGUUUGCA